GAGACUCAGAGGGCUGCGGAGAGCGUGGCAGAUACUACCUCACCGCUAAAACUCAUGUGGCCCGGGCGUGAUCGAGGGGCGGGUAACCUGGCGAGGGCGGGCGGGACAGCUCCAGAGAGCGGAGAGGAGGCCGGGGUUUCUCCGAAGACGCGGCCCUGAGGAUCCCUCACCUCGAGGAAGGACCAUCGCUAUGGAAACCAGAGCGUGGGAAGGCCCGGGAUUGUGGCUCCCGGAUGGUGGUGACCGGUCUUCUCUCUCCCCGAGACCCUCGCCCACUUCGGGCGAGGUUGCUUCCUGAACGAACCUGCUCUCUCGCCCACGAGAGAAAGUUUCCCAUGGCACAGCCUAGCAGAAAGAUGCAGCCUUUGUGCCUCACUGGCCGCUGACCCACUGGCCUGAUGACAGCACCCCCGUGUACCUUUCCGGUUCAGUUCCGGCAGCCAUCAGUCAGCGGCCUCUCACAAAUCACCAGCAGCCUAUACAUCAGCAAUGGGGUGGCUGCCAACAACAAGCUCAUGCUCUCCAGCAACCGGAUCACCACGGUCAUCAAUGUCUCGGUAGAAGUAGUGAACACUUUAUACGAGGACAUCCAGUAUGUACAGGUGCCGGUGGCUGACACACCCAUCUCACGUCUCUGUGACUUCUUUGACCCCAUUGCUGACCACAUCCACAGUGUGGAGAUGAAGCAGGGCCGCACACUGCUGCACUGCGCUGCUGGCGUGAGCCGCUCAGCUGCCCUCUGCCUUGCCUACCUCAUGAAGUACCAUGCCAUGUCCCUGCUGGACGCCCACACGUGGACCAAGUCAUGCCGGCCCAUCAUCCGGCCCAACAAUGGCUUUUGGGAGCAGCUCAUCCACUAUGAGUUCCAGCUCUUUGGCAAGAACUCUGUGCACAUGGUCAGCUCCCCUAUGGGAGUAAUCCCUGACAUCUACGAGAAGGAGGUCCAUUUGAUGAUUCCACUGUGAGCCAUCUCACCAGCCUCUGUGCCCAGGUCAAAGGUGCAGAUCUGCUGUUGACCGAGAUCUGAACUUAAACGUUCUACUGUUGUUACAGAAAAAACAGAUGAUGCCUUUUAUAAGGAUCAGAAAAAAAAGGAAAGGUGCUGUAGUUUUUAACCUUAUUAUCCAUAUCUUCAAAGAUUAAAUUCACUAACUGUACGAUGGUGCAGGUAAGUUUCCUACCCUGUGAGUGACAGGUCAUGGCUGCUGGCCAGAUGGGAGAGAGAGGCAAGUGCCCAGGUCAAAUGGACCAGUGCCUAAAGCAUAUAGCAAGCUUGGAAGCCUGCUGCCCUCCCGCAGACCAACCAACCCACAAACGAGUCAGCCACCAUUCCACUUCACUCUUUCAAACCCAAAGCCAGAGCCUUAAGCAUCAUGGCGCCUCCUGUGCCACUCACAGUCAGUGCCAACCUACUAGAUAAAUGGCCUUCAGGUGGUGCUCUGGGAGCCCUGGGGGCCCAGGCCAACCCUGCUUCUACCUUCAGCCACAGGGACCCAACUCUGGUUUUCUGGAUUGGAUUUACACAUGACAUAGUUUUCAAAGAAAGCAUUCCAUUGUAUAAAACUAAAAAAAAAAAUUUUUUUUUAGUGCUAUUGUAGGUGGCAAGGUCUCAAAGUACCCAUGGCAGUGCCCCACCGGCCUUUGAUGGUGACAUUAGUUUCCUUCUUAGAGGCGCACGUGGAGAGCAGGCCUGACAUCAGGCUUCAGGGGUUUCUCUCACAGGUCUUGAUUUGGAAGGCCAGAGCUGCAGACUGGAACCUAGCCUUGUCACCUCCUCCCUAUAUGAUUUGGGACCUCUUGGAGCCUCAGCUUUCUCAUCUGUCCAAGCAAUUACAGCCCUUUUCUCCCAGCAUUGUCAUGAAGAUUCAGCGAUUCCUUAACUUGGUGCCUGACACAUGGUCAGGGCUUAUGGUAGCAACUCUAGGCAUGAAUGAUGCUUUGGCCCUGCUGGUCCCGGGUUAUUGGGGUCAUCCUCACAAUGGCAUUUCCCCUAUCUUUGCGCAACCCUUUACUGUUUACAAAAUGUUCUUCCAAAAAGUCCUCCUGUGUGAAAAAAAAAAAUGGUUUAAGUCCCUUCACACCCUACUUUAGAAGAGGCCUAGCUUCUUAGCCUUUUCAGAGUUCCCAUUGCAUUUAAUCCAUGCAUGCCCUGGGGGUCCUAAAGCAAGGAGCACUCUUCCAGAUUCCCCACAAAGGCCUUGUUUAGAUUGCUGACCACUAAAGCCAGUGCCCUGGUCUGGCUAACCACCUGGGUCUAUGAGGGCACAUGACAAAGGGACAAAUGAGUGGGCCCAACCUAUAGACCCUGAAAUCCAAGAUGGUUCAAACCUCCCAAGGACCUGAGGAUCUGACUCAAGACCAGCAAUUCUAAUCCAGAGGUUUUCAAAUGAACAAUAUAGGAGACAAAAGCACAACUUCUCUGUGGGUCGAGUCCAGUGGAAGCCAAAUGCCUUCUACCCCACCCCCACUUCCAUGACGGGCAUGCCCAAGGGUACAAUUUUAGAGUGUGGGGGAGAAGGAAAAUCACUGCUGUAGACUGACUUCUCGUUUUAUAGGCGAAUAAACAGACCCCCAAACACCAGGGCUGGUGUGGCAGAGCCCCCACAAAGCAGACUUUCUGGAAGUGGGAAAUUUCUUCUAUAGCCUUCUUAAAAAGAAAUUGAUUGGGACAUGUUUUAUCUUCAUUUUUAAAAACUUUGAAUUAAUAUACCAUAAAAUUAACUUUUUUGUAUGUACAGUUCUGUUUUAACACAUUUGUGUAACUACCUCUGCAGUUAGAACACAGCAGUUCCAUCACCCAAAAAAUUAUCUGAUGCCACCUCUUUGUUGUCAAACCUUUGCUCCACUCAAGCCUCUGGCACACACCAAUCUGUUCUCCAUUCCUGAAGAUUUGCCUUUUCUAGAAUGUCACAUCCAUAGCAUCAUAGAGGAUGUAAUCUCUGGAGACUGGCUUCUUUAGUAUGUCUUUGAGAUUCAUUCAGGUUGUUUUUUAUAGCUAAGUAGUGUUCCAAUGUGCAGAUGUACCACAGUUUGUUUUUUAACAUUCACCCAUUGAAGGAUAUUUGGGUUGUUUCCAGUUUGGGGUGAUUUUGAAUAAAACUGCUACAAACAUUUGUGUUUAGGUUUUUAUGUCAACAUAAGUUUUCAUUUAUCUAGGGUAUAUGCCAAGAGUGGGAUUGAUCAGUUAUAUGGUAAAGGUUAUAUUUAACUUCAUAAAAUAACUACCAGACUUCCAGAGUGGCUGCAUACCGUUUUGUGUUCCACUAUGAGAGAUCCACUUCCUCACUAGGAUUUGGUAUUGCCAAUACUUUUUAUUUUAGCCAUUCUGAUAGAUGUGUGGUAUUAGCUCAAUUUGCAUAUUCCUAAUGGUUCAUGAUGGUGUGUACUUAAUUGCCUUCCACCUGCCUUCUUUGGUGAAGUGUCUAUUCAGCUCUUUUGCCCAUUUUAAAAUUGGACCGUUUUCUCACUCUUAAGGGUUGGGAAUUCUUUAUAUAUUCUGGAUACAAGUCAUUUGUCAGAUAUAGAUUUGUAAAUAUUUUUCCCAGUCUGACUUGUCUUUGCAUCUCUCUUAGAAAUGUCUUUUGCAGAACAAAAGUCUUUCAUUUCGAUGAAGGGCUACUUGCCAAUUUUUCCUUUUAUAGAUUGUUGUUUUGGUGUCAUGUCUAAGAAUUCUUUGCCUAACCCCAGAGCACAAAGCUUUUCUCCAAUAUUAAAGAUUGGGGGGUUAAAUUUUUCACUUAUUCUUAUUAUCCUUUGGUAUAAGGUGUGAGGUUUAGUUUGAGGUUCAUAUUUUUUUCAUAUAGAUGUCUAAUGGUUUCAACUACAUUUGUUGAAGACUGUCUUUAUUGGUUGCAUUUGCUCCUUUGUUUAGGUCUAUUUUGGAUUCUUUAUUCUGUGUAAUAUAUGUAUCUUUCUCUUCACCUGUACCAUAACUGUCUUGAUUACUGUGGCUUUAUAGUAAGUUUUAAAGUCUGAUAGUAUGAGUCCUCCAAUUUUUCUUCUUUAAAAAAAAUUGUUUGGGUUAUUCUGGUUUCUUUGCCUUUCAUAUGAAUUU